GGGAGGAGAGACGAGGGAGGAGGACCUGAGACGAGAGAGGGAGGGAGUGAAAGGGCCGAGCAGAUGGGAGGAAGGAAGGAAAGGAUCUCUCCGUAGGGCUCAAGUGCGCGAUUAAAGGAUCCCGCACAAAUAAACAGAGCGGGUCAAGCCCCCCCCACCACUCCCACCACCACCCCGCAAUAAAACUUGGGACUUGUGUGCGCGCCCCCGCGGCGUGGCGUGGACGCGCCCGGAGCAGCGGAGUGCGGUCCUUGGUUCUCGUCGUCAUGUUCCUCCGCCAGUGACUUGUGGCCCGCAGGACUCGGCAGCACCCACCCUCCUCCCUCCGAGGCGCUCCCCGGAAGAGUCGCGACAGCCCCGUGGGUCGCAGGCGGAGGAGGAAGCGAAGACGAAAGCGGCAAUUCUCCCCCCUCCUCCACUCCACCCUCCGAGGACAGCCGCACGCCUUAGCCGCGGUUGAGGCGUUGGCACCGGGCAGAGUAACCUCACCAUGGCCGGGGCCAAGCCAGGAGUCCACGCGUUGCAACUCAAACCCGUGUCCGUCCACGAGGCGCUAAAGAAGGGCGGGAAGUUCAUCAAAUGGGACGAGGAGCCUAACAGUGGGUCCCCCACACUGGUCACCCUUAAAGUGGACCAUGGAUUCUUCCUGUACUGGACCGGAGGCGCCAACAUGGAGGUGGAGAUUCUGGACAUCAGCUCAAUUAGGGACACCAGAACGGGAAGAUACGCCAAGCAGCCAAAGGACCCCAAAUUACGAGAUUUGCUCGGCUUCGGCAAGGGCGACAACGUAGAAGGGAAGCUUGUCACUGUCGUCCAUGGUAACGACCUGGUCAACAUCUCCUUUCUCAACUUCCAGGCUAUGCAGGAAGACAUUGCUAAGAUUUGGACAGAUGAGCUGUUCACCUUAGCCACAAAUAUACUCUCCCAAAAUGCAUCGCGGAAUACCUUCCUCUUCAAAGCGUACACUAAAUUAAAGCUGCAAGUCAAUCAGGAGGGGAAGAUCCCAGUCAGGAAUAUCGUAAAGAUGUUUUCGGACAAGAGGCGAGUGGAAACAACUCUGGAGCAAUGUGGUAUCAUCAAUAACAAGACAGAGGGGAUCAAGCCAGAUGAUUUUACAUGGGAGGCCUUCCAGAAGUUUCUCGAUAGUCUUUCUCUGCGCUCAGAGAUCCAAAGCAUUUUUGAGGAGAGCGGCUCAAAAGGGAAGUUCUUCAACUCCUUGGACCAGCUGACCGACUUUCUCAACCGCCGGCAGCGCGACUCUCGCCUGAACGAGGUGCUCUACCCGCCGCUCAAAAGAGAGCAGGUCCGGCAGAUCAUGGAGAAAUAUGAGACCAACAUAAGCCAGCUGGAGCGAGACCAGAUCAGUUUGCUGGCCUUCACGAGGUAUCUGGGAGGAGAGGAGAAUAGCAUUGUUCCUCCAGAGAGGCUGGACGUUAUCGAUGACAUGAAUCAACCGCUGUCACACUACUUCAUCAAUUCCUCGCACAACACUUACCUCACAGUGGGUCAGCUGACUGGUCUGUCAUCUGUGGAGAUGUACAGGCAGGUGCUGCUCACCGGCUGCCGCUGUGUGGAACUGGACUGUUGGAAGGGUCGACCCCAGGAGGACGAGCCCUACAUCACCCACGGCUUCACCAUGACCACUGAAAUACCUUUUAAGGAGGUCAUUGAAGCCAUUGCAGAGAGUGCUUUCAAGACCUCACCUUACCCAGUCAUCCUGUCAUUUGAAAACCACGUAGAUUCGGCUAAACAGCAAGCCAAGAUGGCGGAGUACUGCAAAACCAUAUUUGGAGACGCCUUGCUCAUUGAGUCUCUGGACAAAUUUCCCCUGCUACCGGACAAGCCGUUGCCUUCGCCGCAGGACAUGCUAGGGAAGAUUCUCAUCAAAAACAAGAAAAAGCACACCCACAACCGGCCCUCGAGCGGCGGCAGCAUACGACGCCGCGAGCUGGAAGAGGAAUCACCCAACACAGAUUGUCCUCUGUUGUACAGCGAAGGAGGCCAAAUCCUGUCUAAUGCAGAGGAGAAACUUGCAGAGAAGAUAAUCAAAGACUCUGAUCCUCGCAAGUCCAUUGGAUGCGAAGGAGAUAGCGAGGAGGAUGAAGAAGACGAAUCGGUGGCUGAGCUAAAAAAGCCCAACUCGGAUGAGGGUACAGCAAGCAGCGAGGUCCACGCCACAAAGGAGAUGUCCUCGCUUGUCACCUACGUCGAGCCUGUCAAAUUUAAGAGCUUUGAGGUGGCCGCCAGGAGAAAGAAGUUCUUUGAGAUGUCGUCGUUUGUGGAAACCAAAGGCAUGGACACGUUAAAGAGCUUCCCCAUAGAGUUUGUCGAGUACAACAAGAACCAGCUGAGCCGAAUCUACCCGAAGGGAACAAGGGUGGACAGCUCCAACUACAUGCCGCAGGUCUUCUGGAAUGUCGGCUGCCAGAUGGUAGCACUGAACUUCCAGACUCCUGAUCUGCCCAUGCAGCUCAACAUGGGUGUGUUUGAGUACAACGGCCACAGCGGCUACCUGCUAAAACCGGAGUUUAUGAGGAGGACCGACAAGCAUUUUGACCCUUUCACUGAGAAUAUAGUUGACGGAAUAGUUGCCAACACAGUCAAAGUUAAGGUGAUCUCAGGACAGUUCCUGAGUGAUAAAAAGGUUGGCGUAUAUGUGGAAUUGGACAUAUUUGGACUUCCUACAGACACAAAACGUAAAAGCAGAACCAAAACCUCCAACGGGAAUUCGCUGGAUCCCAUUUGGGACGAUGACGCCUUUGUGUUUAAUAAGGUGGUCCUCCCCUCCCUGGCCUCCCUGAGGAUUGCCGUAUUUGAGGAGAACGGCAAGUUUAUCGGACACCGCAUCCUCCCUGUGUCGGCCAUUAGACCAGGUUACCAUUACAUCAAUCUAAAGAAUGAGCUGAACCAGCCCCUCCUGCUGCCCUCCCUACUGGUCUACACCGAGGCUCAGGACUACAUCCCCAAUGAACACCAAGAGUACGCCCAGGCGCUGACCAAUCCAAUCAAACAUGUCAGCCAGCUGGACAAGAGGGCGACACAACUGGCUGUGCUGCUUGAGGACAAUUAUGAGCAUUUACCCAACCAACCCAGAGAUGGUGAGGCCAUGAUGGAGUGCGAUAUCAGUGGAAGGUAUCCUGCAUCCCCUUUUAUCCCCCCUUGCGGACUGGACGAAUCGCCCGACAUCAUCAACCUGCACUCGCCAGCGCCAAACCAAAAGGAAGACCUCAUCGCCACGGUGCUAUCAGAUGUGCAGGUGCAGACGACAGAGGAGCUGCGGCAGCAUAAAAAAUACUCAAAACUCAUCAAGAAGCAGAGCAGAGAUCUGGAUGAGUUAAAGAAGAAGCACGGAAAGAAGAUGUGUAAUCUCAAUAGGGAGCAAAAGACUCGGACCACUCACUGGGAAUCUGACCUGCAAAGAAGGCGUAGUCAGGUGGAGAAGCACCUUAAGCGGAGUGUCAAGAAGAACGAGCCUCCAGAGCCGGUGCAGCGAGAACUGACGGCCUUGAAUCAGGAGCUGGAGAAACAGACGGUGCAGCUCAGGGAAUGGCAGAUGCAGGAACUGCUGAAACUCCGGCAGCAGCAGCACUCGCUGGAGAGGGACAAGCAGCAAACACACCUCCAGGAGUCCUUCCAGAAGUUGAAGGAGCUGGCCCACGAAUGCCAAGCAGCUCAGCUCAAGAAACUCAAAGAGAUUUGCGAGAGGGAGAAGAAGGAGCUGAAGAAAAUCAUGGACAGGAAGCGUCAGAAUAGCAUCAGUGAGGCCAAGACCCGAGACAAAGACAAGGCUGAGACAGAACUCAAUGAUAUCAACAGGAAACACAUUCACGACUCGGUCAGCUUGAUCCGCAAGCUGGAGGAGGCUCAGAGCAGGAGGCAGGACAAGCUGAUUCUGAGGCAACGCGAGGUCCUUCAACACAUGGACGAGGAACUGCCCACGAGACAGGCUCAGCUGAAGAGCAACCUCGACGAAGAGUUCUGCCAGCUCCCGCAGGAGAUCUGCCAGCAACUGCAGAUGGAGCGCCAUACCAAAUGUCAGCACAAUAACGCCCCGUGCUCGGCCGAGUCCAACAACAGUAGCCCCUACUCUGGCUCGUAUCUGCCCUCCAAUUGCUCCACGCCCACCUACCCCUCUACGUCGGAUCGCAGCACGUGGAACCGGAGCUGGGACAAUAGCACCGCCUCGCUGGCCGACUCCACGUCCUCGUCCACGACCCCCGUGUUGUCCGAGGCCGAGAUGUCCUUCAGCUGAGGUUGUGUUUUUUACAAAUACGUUCAAAAGGGGUCUAUAAUGAUUAUAUUGCGGGUUAGUAAUGAUGAUCUUGAUUCUUGAAUAAUUGUAUUCCUUUUUUAAAACGGUUAUUAUUGUCUACAGAGCUAUAUUAUUUUUUCUAGUGAUACAUCAAAAAUCAUUAGCAAUAGCAGAAAAAAAUCCUCGUUUUCUUUUUUGUCAAAUUCUUCCCACUCAGCAGUAUUUGUCGCCUACACUGCCGAGUAAAUGUCCCAAACUUUUAUUAAGCCAAUGCACACAUUUCACAUUAGAACAAAAGGCACCCGCUAGUGGAAGAGCAUUUUAUUUGUCUACUUGCCAAUGUUCGUCAUUGGCGUCGAUGGACUAUUACUAUUUGUUGUAAAUAAUCAUUGUCGGAUCCAUCACGUAAAAUUGGAUAGGGUGUGGCGCAGCACAUUAGUUGGGAAUUACUGCACUAUACUAUUACUUAAAGCCCUCUUUUUUAACUUGGUUAUCGUGGGUUUUUUUUAACUUCUGGUACUAUUUUCCGAGUUCGUCUACACACAACGAAAUUGAGGACACUCUGGCUAUUUUAGCUGUAAUGGGUGCAGUUGACCAGCAGGGGGGGCUGCAGAUGUGUUUUUCUUGCCCAUCUCCAUUAGUCUCCUUUUUAAAAGAUGCACCGAAUCCCCCUUUUUUGCCCAAUUGUGUUGCACAAGACUAAUGGUACUUUAACUUCUCAAUGUUCUUUUUUGAGGGGCUUUAUCAAACAUUCAUGUAUGCUUUGUACAUUUCCGUGUUUAUUAUCCGCUAAACCUGUGGAGUUGAGGGUUAAAACGACGACCUCGUAAAUACUAUUGUUGGAUGUGAAUUUUACUACUGACCGUAGGUGCUGGAGGAGAGAGAGGCAUCACGUGACGCCGCCUCCUCCCUCCAUGAGCACCGUCUGCCUGUCUGUCUGAAUGUCUCCCUCAUAAACCAAGACCUAUUUAAAUGGCAUUUUCACAGCACCUGCCCUGUCUAGUCUGUUUGUCAUCAGCGUUUAGAUGGUUUAGAUCAGGGUUGUCGAACUCAUUUUAGAUUGGGGCCACAUGGAGAAAAAUCUACUCCCAAGCGGGCCAUACUGGUAAAAUCACGGCACGAUAACUUAAAAAUAAAGUCAACUUCAGAUUGUUUGGGUUUUUUUUACACUUACAUGUUGUGGUUAAUAGUAUUCUGUCGUUAUUUAUACUUUCUGAAUAAAUUUUAUCUGAUAAUGUUCAUCGGUCAACUCAUUGGUGUUCAUUUUCAAUCUAUCAAGAUAAAAAAAAUAAUAUCAAAAUGCAGGAUGUUAUUUAUGUAGCUUGCUCAUUUUCCUCGACUGGUGCACUAACGUGGUUUAUUUUGCACAUAUGUAGCAUCAUCUACAAAGAUACAAAUAAUUGCUACAGUGACUGAUCCGGCCCGCGGGCCAUAUGUUUGACACCCCUGGUUUAGAUUGUUUAGAUCAGGGGUGUCAAACUCAUUUUAGAUCGGGGGCUGCAUGGAGGAAAAAUCUACUCCCAAGUGGGCCAGACUGGCACGUUAACUUAAAAAUAAAGACAACUUCAGAUUGUUUUCUUUGUUUAAAAAGAGAACAAGCACAUUCUGAAAAUGUACAAAUCAUAAUGUUGUUGGGGUUUUUUUACACUCACAUUUUGCGGUUAAUAGUAUUCUAUCUUUGUCGUUAUUUAUACUUUCUGAAUAAAUUA